AUGCCGUUGCACCUCCUAGGCAAGAAAUCAUGGAACGUAUACAACGCCGACAACAUCGUGCGCGUGCAGCGCGACGAGGCUGCCGCCGCAGCUCGGGAAGAAGCCGAGGAGCAGCGCCAGCAAGAAGUCGAUGCCGAGCGCCGCCUCGCGCUCCUACGGGGUGAAGUCCCGCCGCCCCUGCCCGCGGCCGCGAACGAAGCCAAAUCAGACACCGAAAACCGACAACGAGACCGCGACGGGUCCGCUCGGGACUGGGACCGCGGCCGAGAGCGUAGGAAGCGCAAGCGCACGGGCGAGGACGACACGGACUUCGAGCUCCGGCUUGCGAGGGAGCGCGCGGUCGCGGGUGCUGCGCCCUCUGAAAACGAUAGGAACGCCUUGGCCAAGAAGGAGAGCAGCAGAAACGCGCCGCUCAUAGACCACGCGGGCCACUUCUCGCUGUUCCCCGAAGAGCAAGCUCCACCGCUAUCCCACAAACAUGCCCAGAAGAACGAGGAGGCGGAGAAAGAUAAUGAGAAGAAGCGGCGCGAGUACGAGGACCAGUACAGGAUGCGCUUCAGCAACGCCGCCGGCCGGGAUAGCAGUAGCAGCCUCACGGGACCGGCGUGGUACGAAAAGGGCGGCGAUAUACAAGCGCUCGUGGACGGGAAUGCCGCGGCUCUAGUUCCUGCCAAGGACGUCUGGGGCAACGAGGAUCCCAGGCGCAAGGAGAGAGAGGCGAAGCGCGUCGUCUCGAAAGAUCCCCUAGCUAUGAUGAAAAGGGGUGCCGCGAAGGUGCGCGAGGUCGAGAAGGAGAGGAAGGUCUUGAAUGCGGAACGAGAGCGGGAGCUGAAACUCUUGCGCAAGGAAGAGAAACGGCGCGAGAAGAGGCGGAGACGGGACGGCAGAGCAGACCACGUCAAUGAACUCGAGGGGUUCCGUCUGGACGGACCACCACCGGAUUCCGACCGCGGUGGUAAGGAGGACAAGUCGCGCUCGCGGGAUCGUCGACGAGACAACGAACGCCAUUCCAGCCACAAGGAGAAGUCCGAACACAAGUCGCGGCAUCGCAGCGAUAGCAAGCAACAGAGCUCCAAACGGGACAGCGAAGCUGGACACAGCGACCUGUCGCGAUCUGACCGCAGGAGAUCGGCAAAGACUGAUAAUUACUAG